UAUUUAUUUAUUAACUAUUUUAAUGUAUUCAUCAGUAAGUAAUUUCCUUUCACCUGCAGUAAGUUUUCUCUUCCCACUGAAAGGACACACAACUGUUUCUUCCGACGACAGCAUCAUUGAUUAUGGAGAAAAGAAUGGUGGUUGUUUUAGCCAGAUUAAGGAUCGAGCAAUGUGCAAAAUGAAAUUGUAUCGAAUUACUUACUCAUAAAAUGUCAAAUUAUAUCAAGUAUAAAUAAUCCCACUACUAUUUUUCUUCAAGUCAUCCGUGUAGUACAAUACGCAUAAGACAUUCAUGACGGCAAUUAUACAACCAAACUUGACCACCAACAGGAUAACAGGAAUAAUAUAAUUAUUAAUGAAAUGAUCAAUUCGUGAAAUCCAUCAGUAAUAGUAGCGGGGCAAAUCGUAACCAUUGCUAGGUGCUACUUCUUAAGCAAAUUUUAUAUAAAAAGCAACUGUAUGUAUACAAAAGCAUAUGGUGUUGUGUCAAGAAAGAUUUCGCUUCGAAUAAAAACUUUCACUUCAUCAAAAAAUCAAAGUUUUAACAGUAUAAUGAAUGUUUUGGUUGUUACAAGUAUUGAUAAUACUGGAGACUUCUUGAAAUCCAGGUUCUGUUUUGAAAACAUGUCUUCGUCUAUCUAGAAAGUAGAGGUCCGGGGUCGCCCGGAGGAAUCAGAAUUAAGAAUGGUGCUGCUGCAACGACCUGGCGUCUCGCCCUGCUUUUGUUCGUCUUUUCGAAUAGACAAGAGGACUUUAUGAGGCGUGUCAAUGUGUCUUGAUUAGUCUGUACAUACUAACAAAACACGAGACCCGACGCUGGCACGCCUUUACAACUAACGAAAUAAAACAACCCUCGACCAGGGCGCUUACGGGAACGGAGCAGUUUCGGAAACGCGACGACCACAACGGGUCCUGGUGCUUCAUUUAUCCAUUGAUUACAAAUUUAGCGAGGGCUAGUACGUAAACACUAUUCUUCUUCAUUUUCCCAUCGACGACUAAGUGCAAAAAAAAGGUUUAAAUUGCCUUGAAAGACAAAUAAACACAUGUGUUUCAAUUUGCGGUGUUGAAUCUAGAAAUAUAAUUUCGAGAAAUAUUUCGCCUUUGAGAAAGUAUCACGUUCCUUUUAACAACAGCAAUAACAUCAUUUACACGGGGUUACUCGAUUUGAGGCGGCAAUAAACCGACAUCAUGUGUACAAUGACGACGUGCUUCUUCGUGCUGCCGCUGAAUGUGGGAGUCCACUUGUGUGUCGCUUUUAUCGUGAUCAGCGGAAUGUUUGAAGUGAUAACCAACACUAUAUUGUUGGCAGACAACUAUCCGCUGAGAGUGACAGACACAUUGCAGCAGGCGAUUAUACUCUUCGUCCUUUUCAUCAUAUAUUAUAUUAUGCUGAUCGCCGAUAUUAUAAUGCAUUUCAUUAUGUCUUAUUCGGCACAUAAGAAAAAUCAUGCCUUGAUGUUCAUAACGCUAUUGUACGCAGCAGGUAAAACGGCAACUGAGGUCUUGCGCUUAUGUAUCACGAAUUUGUUUUUCUACGUCAACACCUUGUUUUUGUUCACUAUGACCAUUUUCAGGUGUUUCUUUCUCGUCGUGGAAUACAGUUUUUGGAAAGAGUUGGAAACCGAGGACGACGAUGAAGACAGCGAUACCGAGUAAGGGACACCAAUGCGGUGAAUCGUCGUACUUUAUCCGCGCCGAAGAAGUCUCGUUCUUCGUCGGUCGUUCGAGCAACAUUUCACAAUGAUCACCGAAUGAUAUGGAGGAAUCAAAAUGAAUCGCCCUUAAACUGGAAGGGCGCAGAAAAAGUGCUCGCCUCCAGCCGCAUAUCAAAUGCAGAGACCAAUAUUAUAAGACCUGAAGUAAUCAUCUUUCUUUGGUAGAGAUCGAAAAAAAAAUGGGCCACUCUCUUUCUACCAAAUGAAGAUGAAACGGUGAUUGAUAAAUACAACACCUUGUUGCAAUUUAUAGUAUGGGUUUUCCAAACGACAGAACAGUGUUAGUAGAAAAUAUAAACUUUA